AUGUUAAGUAAUUUAUUUUUAAUUUCUUUUACAAUUUUUCUUUUAAAUAAUUUUGUUUUAUCUGUUGAUGAAGUCGAAAAAAUAGAAUUAAAACGUUUAGAAUUACCUGAAGAAAAAUUAACUGCACCAGAAAUAAUUAAAUAUUAUGGAUAUAAAUGUGAAAUACAUAAAGUUACAACAAAAGAUGGAUAUAUUUUGGAAAUGCACAGAAUUCCUUUUGGACGUAAUUUUAAUGAAAAUGAAGAGAAUUUAAAGCAGAAAAAGCCUGUAGUAUAUCUACAACAUGGAUUGUUAGCAUCUAGUUUUGAUUGGGUAGCAAAUUUGCCCAAUCAAUCAUUGGGAUUUAUUUUAGCAGAUGCUGGAUAUGAUGUUUGGAUGGGAAAUGUUAGAGGGAAUGUCUACUCAUCAAAACACGAAAAAAGCUUUUUAGGAAAAGAUGAAUACUGGAAAUUUACUUGGGAUGAAAUGGCAUCAAUUGAUUUGCCUGCAAUGGUAGACAAGGCUUUAGAAAUUAGUGGACAGCCUAAAUUAUUUUAUGUUGGCCACAGUCAGGGGACUUUAAUUAUGUUUGCACAACUGGCUAGUGACAAUAAAGAAUUUAAAAAUAAAAUUAUCAAAUAUUUUGCUUUAGCCCCCGUCGCUACUAUUAAACACAUGAAAGGCCUAAUUUCUGUAUCUGGCAAUUUAUUUGGAAAAAGUUUUGAUCUUCUUAACAAGCAUUUUGGUUCUCAUGAAUUUAUGCCAAGUAAUUGGGCAUCCCAAUUAUUUGCCCAAAUACUUUGUAGUCCAAUUAUGAGUAAAUCAAUUUGUGAUAAUAUUAUGUUUUUAAUUGGUGGGACUGACAAUUCUCAAUUAAAUGAAACUCGUAUUGUUGUUUAUACAAAACAUGAACCUGCAGGGACUUCAACAAGAAAUAUUGCUCAUUGGAACAAACCUCCAAUUUAUAAUUUAACAAAUAUAAAUUCAGUACCUAUUUAUUUAUAUUAUAGUGAUUCUGAUUGGUUAGCAACAAAUAAAGAUGUUGAGGAAACAAUAAUUAAACAAAUUCCAAAAGAAAAUAUUAAAGCAAAGAAAUUACCCAAUUUUAAUCAUUUUGAUUUUAUUUGGGGUAUGAAUGCACCAGAGAAAAUUUAUAAAGAAAUGAUUGAAGAAAUUAAAGGAAAUUGAAUUAAAAAUUAAUAAUUGAAUUUUAAUUGUUUUUAAUUAAUUAAUUAAUAAUUAUUUUUUAAAUUGGAUUUUUUCAAAAUUAAUUAAUAAAAAUAAUUUUCAAAAUUUAAUUUUUAAUUUUUGCCCCCAUUUCCUUUUAAUAUUAAAAAAAUUAAUUUCCGAUCGUUCUCUUAAACGGUAAAUCUCCUCCUCUAUUUCCAUCUUCUCGCGCAACCAUAAAAAUGUCUCAUCACAAUUUCUUCGUUCAACGUCUUCA